GCUGAGAUGGCUCGUGAGCGAGGAGCGACAGUUUACGCAACAGAUGAGAGAUUUUGUAUUGAUAAUGGUGUGAUGAUUGCUCAAGCAGGAUGGGAAAUGUUUCGUGCUGGUCAUGUCACUCCUAUUGAAGACACGUGGUGUACACAAAGGUAAAAACUCGCUUAGUACUCACGUGGUGUACACAAAGGUCUUGUUUCACAAGCGAACUUGAAAUAAUAUUCAAAGCUUGUCCGGAAAAAAAUCCGUAAUUUUACUAACACCAUGCUAACACCAUGCUUUGCUUUUUAUUUUCUUUCAGAUAUCGCACUGAUGAAGUUGAAGUCACGUGGAGAGAUUAGAGAAACGAUGAAACGCAAAUUCAAAAAAUUCUUGGAUCGUCUGAAGAUAAUUGCUGGAAGGUACUGUAAAUAAGUCAAUGGGACAUGAAUCGCCUGGGGACUAUUGUGUAUAUAACGUUUUAUAUCACAAAUGUGACGUAAAUUUCGCGUCCGGGACAUCGAGAUUGAUAUGCAGUAUAUUUUCCUGUCUAAGAUAGGAUGGUAUCACUAAAGGGACAAAUUCAUUUUUCGUCUCGGAGGGAGAAAUCGUAAACGAUAUCUUGUUGAAGGUCUUCCACUGGAUCCAAGAUGAACAUUUGAAAACAUCCAUGAGUCACGUACUGUAAAGGCUAAAUACUUUUCUUAAUUUAAGAAAAGCAGUUGGACUUCUUAGGUUAUGAAAUAAAACAUUCAAUACAGAAUCUGUAAGGAAUUUUUAAUGAAUAAUUCUUUAUAAUACACACGGUCUAUAAAAUAAAUUUCUCGUCUUCACACGCUUUGGUACUAUAAGCAAUAUUUUCUGAAAAUCUUUUUCUAUACUAGUGCAAAUUUAUAUUAUAGUGCAAAUAUACUAGUACUGUCCAAAGGCCUCUUUAUUCACAUACAAAAAUGUACGUCAUAUUUCAUUUUAAUUUGGCGCAAUCCCUCAUAUGUGCAAUUUAACUUGGAAAACAAAAAAUUGAUAAAUUCCAUGUAGCACAAUUACACAAAUCUCAUGAAGUCUCACAAUUACACAAAUCUCAUGAAUAAUAGAUUUGUGAAAAGAGUUUAUCGAAUAUUUCUAUGAAUGUUCCAUAUCUUAAAUCUAAUGAUAAAGUUCAGUUUCAAUACAUUUGUUUUUUAAAAACUAAUAUAACAUUGUUUUAUUCAGACUAAGUUGACAUAGCCACUCAUACUAUCAGCAAUCAUCAGAUAUCCAUACAUCUCCUCACAUUACAGAACAACAUGUUUUUCGGCGAAACGUAAAGCCGCGCCCACUAGACUUACUGGUCGGCGGUUGAUCCUUGCUAGCAGCUGCAGCAGUGUUAGUCGGUGGGGGUGGGCUAGAGGAUAAUGCAGCGUUUUUUGUUGGAACUUUCUGAACUUCGUUUGGAACUUUCUGAACUUCUUUUGGGGAGUCUGUUGGCUUAAAAUGAAAAAAA